AUGGCUAACAACUACGGCAACGCAGGCUACAACGGUCCGAACACCGGAUCCUAUGGAAAUGCUGGCUAUAACGGACCAACCGGGCCAUAUGGCAACAACUCCGGUCACCCUGGACAGCCACCUCACCAAGACGGAAUCCCAACCUUGCAUUAUGGAAAUGGAGGGUACAAUGGACCACAAGCUCCAUAUGGAAGUGGUGGACAAGGUCAACCAUCUGGACCAUACGGAGGUGCUGGGUACGCUGGACCAACCGCUGGUACCGGAUUCGGUAAUGCUGGAUACGCACCUCCACCACCACUUGGUGCUCCAGGCCAUAACAUUGCUCCAGGAGGAGUUGUUCACGAUGAUCAUCAUCACGAAGACAGUCAUGGAAAACAUGGAAAGAAGGAGCAUCACCAUCACCAUGGACAUCAUCACGGACACCAUCACGAGCACCAUUAA